AUACAAGCCAUUUAUAUAUAUUUUUUAUGUAGGUGUGUGACAUUUAUUUUGACUUUGGUCCUUGUGACUUCAAGAUGGUUAUUCUCUCCUACUCAUUCCCCAAGGAUACAGUACACAAAAGAGGAAUAUUAGAAUACAAUACUGUUUAAGACUCGAAGUCAAGAGUCAAAUACUCAAAACCCUUCAAAAACCUCGAAAGAAAAAAAAAUGGCUCGAAAGCCUAAACUCAAACCCAUCUCUAUCUCUGAAAACAGCAUCUUCAGUCCCGGCACCGCCGUCGAGAUCAGCUCCGACGAGCCGGGAUUCCGAGGAUCCUUCUACUUGGGUUCCAUCGUGAGAGCCCGCUCUUCUGACUCAUACUUGGUCGAAUACAAAACCCUGGUUAAAGAAUCGCCAAAAGGGCCCCGACCCUUGAAGGAAGUGGUGCGUUUAGCUCAGCUCCGGCCGGCGCUGCCGCUGGAGACCAAAUGGGUUUUCACGGUUGGCGACGAGGUCGACGUGUACCACAACGAUGGGUGGUGGGAGGCCGUGGUGACAAGCGAGUUGGGAAAUGGGAGGUUUCAAGUGUUCUUUGGUGCUUAUAAGGAGGAAAUGGAGUUUGCCAAGGAGGAUAUGAGGCUCCACCGCAAGUGGGUCAAUGGGAUUUGGGUUCCACAGUUGGAUAAAGACAAAGAAGAUGAGCAGGGUCUUCUUCUGCAUGUCGUGCUUAGCUUUACAAGCUUAGUUUCUCAUGGACUACAGAAAACGCAAAUUGGGAAGGAGAAAAGUUCUGGUGAAGAAACAAAGGAAGAGAAGUUUGGGUUUGAGAAGGGGACUGUGGUUGAAGUCAGCAGUGAUGAAGAUGGUUUCCACGGUGCUUGGUUCACUGCAACUAUUGUUGAGCCAGUAGGGAAAGACAAGUUUAUUGUGGAGUACAAGAACUUGAGGACAGAUGAUGACAAAGAGUUUCUGAAAGAAGAGAUAGAUAAACUCCAUAUAAGACCUUGUCCACCAGAAAAUUUAACAGAUGGUUGUUUUCAGUUGCUUGAAGAGGUUGAUGCUUUUUACAAUGAUGGCUGGUGGGUUGGUGUGAUUUCGAAGCUUGAUACCGAUUUAAGAUAUGUUGUCUACUUUAAGAGUACUAAGGAGGAAAUGCAAUUUCAUCACUCUGAAUUGAGGCUUCAUCAGGAAUGGAUUGGCGGUAAAUGGGUUGUGACUUCUCAGGCAUUAAAGUUUUGAUGGCGAAAGCAAAUAACUACAAAAAAUAUGCGGUUCAACUUGUCGUUUGAAGCCAUGACUUACUAUUGCUGAGGAAAACAGAGUUCGCAGCCUCUUUUCUUUUUCUUUUUUCAACCAUGUUUAUAUGUUUAGCUUGUCUAGUCUAGACUCUUGAACUCACACACCAAAGCUGAUGCUUGAUGCUUGUAAAUUUCUGGCUUAAACGUCACUGCUUUUGAGGUAAGUUCAAUACUGUCUUUGUCAUUUAUUGAAUCAUCAGUCCCAGCUUCUUUUU